AUGUUUUAUAAACGAGGCCCCAGGAUCAGGAUUUGGGCUCGUAAACAGGCCAUUGCUGAGGGCCAGGGAGAUUACGCCCUCGAAAAAACUGGACCAAUCCUGGAGUUCUUUGAAAACUACUACAGCUCAAGCUAUCCUCUGACCAAAUCAGACCAGAUAGCUCUGCCUGACUUCAGUGCUGGAGCCAUGGAGAACUGGGGUCUGAUCACCUACAGAGAGACAGCCCUGCUCUACAACCCUGCCAGCUCGUCCAAUGGAGACAAAGAGUGGAUCGCUACGGUCAUCUCUCAUGAACUGGCUCACAUGUGGUUUGGUAACCUGGUGACCAUGAAGUGGUGGAAUGACCUGUGGCUUGAGGGUUUUGCCUCCUACGUCUCGUAUCUGGGGGCCAACUCUGCUGAACCCACGUGGAGCGUAACAGACCUGAUAGUGCUGAAGGAGGUGCACGGGGCGAUGUCUGUAGACGCGCUGGCCUCCUCUCACCCUCUCUCUGCUAAGGAGGAAGACAUCAUGAGGCCUGCACAGAUCAGUGAACUGUUUGACACCAUCACCUACAGCAAGGGAGCUGCAGUUCUGAGGAUGCUGUCUGAGUUCUUGACAGAGCCGGUAUUCGCCCGAGGACUUAGUACGUAUCUGAAUACAUUCAAGUACAGCAACACGGUUUACCAGGACCUCUGGAAGCACCUGCAGAUGGCCGCCGACUCGACGCCAGGAUUAGACCUCCCAGCCUCUGUAGAUGACAUCAUGAACCGUUGGAUCCUCCAGAUGGGCUUCCCAGUGGUUACCAUAGAUACGGCCACAGGAAGCAUCAACCAGAGACACUUCCUGCUGGACCCUGACUCUGUAGUGGACAGACCCUCUCCUUUCAACUAUGAAUGGAUUGUUCCUAUAAAGUGGAUGAAGAAUGGGAAAGAUCAGACUCCAUACUGGUUACAGACUAAAACAGCCACCCAUCUACCAAUGAAAACUUUGGGAUCUGAUUGGAUGUUGGCCAAUACCAAGGUUUCUGGAUUCUUCAGGGUCAACUAUGACAGUAGUAACUGGGAUCGACUCCUCACCCAGCUCAGCACAGACCAUGAGGCUAUUCCAGUGAUCAACAGAGCCCAGGUUGUGGAUGAUGCUUUUAACCUGGCUAGGGCGAGGAUAGUCAGCACUAUAUUGGCUCUAAGAACCACCCUGUUCCUUCAGAGGGAGAGAGAGUACAUGCCCUGGCAAACAGCUGACAGGAACCUGGGCUACUUCUUCCUCAUGUUCGACCGCAGCGACGUCUACGGACCCAUGCAGGCUUACCUCAAUAAACAAGUCACGCCUCUUUUCAACCACUUCAAGACUAUCACUGCUGACUGGACCAAGAUUCCUGAGAAACACACUGACCAGUACAACCAGGUGAAUGCCAUCUCUAUAGCCUGCAGUACAGGAGUAGCAGGCUGUGAGGAGCUGACUACAGGCUGGUUCAAAGACUGGAUGAAAACGCCCGAGAACAACACGAUUCACCCCAACCUGAGGCAGACGGUGUACUGCAGCGCCAUCGCAGCAGGAGGGGUGGAGGAGUGGGACUUCGCCUGGAGGAUGUACAGAGAGGCUUCCAUUGCCUCUGAGGCUGACAAGCUGAUGUAUUCCCUGGCCUGCACCAGGGCUCCCUGGCUACUGAACAGGUAUCUGAACUACUGUCUGGAUCCAGAGAAGAUUCGGAAACAGGACGCCACAUUCACCAUUGUGUACAUUGCUGGUAAUGUUGUGGGCCAGUCUUUGGCUUGGGACUUUGUCAGAACCAACUGGAAUCACUUAUUUAAUGAUUAUGGAGGGGGAUCGUUGUCCUUCGCACGGCUCAUUGAUGGAAUCACCAGGCGCUUCUCCUCAGAGUUUGAACUGAAACAGUUGCAGCAGUUCAUUGAGGAGAAUGCAGAGCAGGGUUUUGGUUCAGCCACACUAGCAGUGGACCAGGCCCUGGAGAGAACCAAAGCCAACAUGAAGUGGGUUGCAGAGAACAAGGCAGACGUCUACAAAUGGUUCACUGAUAAUUCAACAUAAACUUAUUUGUGGACUGUUUGGAGUUUCAAUCCAUAUGUGGAGAAUACAAGCAUUUAGUGUUUCAUCAUGUGGAAUUCAUUAUUUUUCUGAAAUAUUUGCCUGAAAUUUUUUACCUAGAACCAAUAAAGUUUACAUUGUAAAAAUA